AUGCUAACAAAGUACCGUCUAAUAAACCCAUUACUUUACCUGGUACACGGUGAAAAUCCUAUGCCAGUACCUUUGAAGAUAGAAACAAACUCAACAGUAGAUACACUUUUCGAGGCCGCGGCAGGGAAAAAAGACACGUCAGGAUUGCUGUUUUAUGAGAUCGAAACAAUUCCUCAUUUUUUGGUAAUAUUUUGGAAAGUAACGGGUCCAACAACCGCCGGCUCGUACACAUCAAAUCGGUUUUACGUUGACUUCAUAGCUGGUGAAAAAUUCCGCUUCUUUAAUGAAGAAUUUCUCAAAAAGAUAUAUCUGGAAAGAAAAAGCUAUUCCGAACAAACAAACGAAGCAAGUGAUUUUAAUGUAAAGGCUGUACCAUUAAUAGUUCCAGGGACACCAGCCCUUAACAGACUCAAAAUUACCAUUCGUGCACAAAUGACAACGGAAAAAGAUUCCAAAUUAACGGUAGAAAUAAAUGACAACCUUUCCCCUGUUGCAGCAUCUCAACUUUACAGACGAGCAACUCCAGCCACUCUAAUUGGUCUGGGUCUUGCUAGUACCUUUCUCAACCUCGUGUUCAAGCACAUGACGAAAUAUAUACCGUCGCAGGAAACGGGAACUAUUUUACUUGAGAACGUAUCGAAAGAAAAUUCAUUAAUUAAUCCAAGCUGGUUUAUUAAUGCCGGACAUACCUCAUCCGUUGUUCCAUGGGAAAUUAAACCUUCCGAAAAGGGUUCUAUUUCUUUCGUUAGUCCAUUCUCAGGAAAGAAAGUCCAAGAAACGUUCAGUCAUACGGUUCAUUUCUUGUCUUAUCAAAUCGAUGGUACGAAUUAUCACCUUAUUAUUGGAUCGUGGUUCCCAUGGAAAGUUUCUAAAGGACAUAAAACAUUCACGCUAUUUGUCAUGGAGAACACAUUACCUGAUACUCGGUCAAUGAAAGAUGUUCUUUCAUUUCUUGGGGAAGGACUUCGUAAAAAAGAUGGUGAUGUAAGCCAAUUGAAUGCGUACUUAGCAACUAAUCCAAUGGCAAAAAACAUUAUUAGCAGUAUUCCCGACCAUAAAGUCCAUGGAGUUGAGUCGUCAAAACUUGAAAGGUAUAUGGAAUGGCAAUAUCCUAUAUUUACGCCGACAAUAAACACUGUUCGUGGGGAAAAAUACCACAUCAAAAUUGUUGCAGCAGUUGGUUAUGGAAAUGCUUUUGGUUUGGCAGUUACAGUUGAAGUUGUAGCUGGGACUUCCAUAAAUGAAGAAAGUUUUUUAAAACAGAACCCCCAAAUAUAUCAGAAGUCGUCAGCCAAGGCCUUGAGGCAUCUUGAAACCGGCCUAGCCCGUGGUGCGUCUUCACGAACAGGAAGCACAGCAACAAUGAUGUCAGCAACGGGAAGGACAGCAAUGAGAAUGUCAGGAAUGAGAGCGCCCGAAACAGCAACGCCAGUAGCACAAAGACCACGAUAUGACAUGCCAGCAAAUGGAAAUUUGUCUACAGGGCCAGCAGCGACAGGAAUGUACGUGACACAAACUUUUCCCACAUUAGCAACAAGAAAGACGCCUUCAAACAUGGCAGCAAAGACGGUUGUGAAGAAAUCAGCAAAAAUUUCCCGUGGAAGAGCCCUACUGACUGAUAUUGUAACACAAAGAACACAAGCAAAAAGGCUAAACUAA